AUGUUGGUGAUCAUUGGCUUAGUAUAUUACUUCAUACAAAAAGCUACCGAAGAAAAGGUUGAAAUAGCUGUAGAUAAAAAGAAAGAAAUGUCAACAAAUAUUGGAGGAACUUCUACGGAUAAAAAGACUUCGGCAACUUUUGGCAGUCCUCAAACUAAAUUUGGAAGGGGAAAUGUUGGAGACCAAGAAAAGAAGAAAACGCUGGGUUCUGCCUCGGGGGUGACUGGGACUAAAAAUUGAGUUUGGAGAAAGUUGAAAGAAACGAUGAAAGUAAUGAAGAUAAAUAAAUAUUAAUUGUGAUAAAGAUGUAUUCAAAUAUAUUUGUGUAUAUUUGCUU